GACACUGUGUAGGAUGACGUCAUCACUCCGAGCCGGAAGCGGCAUGCCCCCUGGUGUGCAUGCCCCUUGCUUAUUUCGAGGGGAAGGGGGUUCUUUCUCCGCGAUGAUCCGCCUGUUAGCUCCCUUGUCGAGCCGGAGAGCUGCUUCGCGGCUUAUUUUUACAUUGUCAAAAGAACAAAGUUUGGUUGGCAACGUAGAUGGUCCAGCUGCUGUGGUGGAUGAAUCUUCAUUGCAAAAAACAUCUCCUGAAGUAGUCUCCAGUAACCCAAUUCUACGGAAAUGCAGCCUCCCCUUCCCCAAACACCUUAAGCCAGUCCAAGCUUGGAUCGAAUCAUUGCAACAUUACGAUGCUAGGCAUCUGGGCUUGGCAGACUUGCAUCCAGAUGUAUUUGCAGUGAUGCCUCGCCUUGAUAUUCUACAUUCAGUGGUUGUCUGGCAGAGGAAUUUCAAAAGAAUUAGUUAUGCCAACACCAAGACACGGGCUGAGAUGAGUGGUGGUGGUAGGAAACCCUGGAGGCAGAAGGGCACGGGUAGGGCACGGCACGGCAGCAUCCGAUCACCUAUAUGGCACGGAGGUGGUGUGGCUUUUGGCCCUCGUGGCCCCACUAGCUAUUACUUUAUGCUUCCCAUGAAACAGCGUGUCCUUGGCCUCAAGGUGGCGCUGACAAGCAAGCAGAUGCAGGGUGAUCUCCAUAUUGUGGACUCUCUAGAGAUGCCGACCUUUGAUCCUCAGUAUUUGGCAGAUUUGGCUCGCUACAGGCGUUGGGGGAGAUCAGUGUUGUUCGUGGAUGUAGAUGAAAUACCUGAAAACAUCCAGUCUGCGACAAGCAAUCUUAAAACCUUCACAGUGGUGCCAGCAAUAGGACUUAAUGUAUACAGCAUGCUGAAGUAUGAAACCCUGGUGCUCACCUUGGACACCAUCUCCUUCUUGGAAAAGAAACUGCUAUGGCAUGACUCGCGAUACAGUCCACUGUAUCCCUUCCGGUUGCCCUACAGUGAUUUCCCCUAGCUCAUUUGUCAAAGACUGACCAUUUUGUGGAUGUGCAUGUGUAUUUUUUUUAAAAUAUGUACAUUAAAACUAAACUUUCUGCCUGA